AUGAGAUUUGUGGAAGACAAGGGAUGCUAUAGUAGUAACCAUGGAUCAGUAGCACAAGAUACUCACAAAGGAAAAGAUGUUACUACUACUAGUACUACUACAUCUACUGCUGCUGCUGCUGCUAGUGCUCGUGUUUCGAAUCAUCAUCGAAUAAAUAUGGGAAAACCAACUCCGUCUAAAUGGGACGACGCGCAAAAAUGGCUAGUUGGUUUAUCAAAAGGCGGAGAGAAAAGCCAAUCAAAAAGCAAGCCAAGAAACUCAAAUGCAGAUGAUUUGAGAUUGAUAGCUCCUGUGCCACAAAAAGAGGAUGACGAGGAUGGAUGCCGCGAGUUCAUGACAACGACUAGUACUGAAUAUGUAGAAGAAGAAACCAAGAAAGUGGAAUGCGAUGAAUCAAUUUGGAGAAUGAAUAACAAGGACACAAUCCAUGUUCAAUCAAUAUGUUUUAGAGACAUGGGGACUGAGAUGACACCUAUUGCUAGUCAAGAGCCUUCAAGAACUACAACACCUAUUAGAGCAACAACUCCGAAUACUAGAAGUCCAAUUCAUUCGGGUACUUCGACUCCAAUGAGGAAUCAAAAUGGAUUGUUGCAAAUGGAAGCUGCAUCAGGUAAUGGUAGCACAACAACUAGACAAUGUGGUGAAGGAUCAAGUCCUUGUAGUAUGGUUGAAAAGAAUAUGAAGAUUGAUGAUCAAGCUAGAAAAAUGGGUCCUCUAGAAUGUAGAGCAAUCGCUUGGGAUGAAGCUGAACGCGCCAAAUAUAUGGCUAGGUUUAAGCGCGAAGAGAUGAAGAUUCAAGCAUGGGAAAAUCAUCAGAUAAGAAAAGCUGAAAUGGAAAUGAAGAAAAUGGAGGUGAGAGCUGAAAGAAUGAAAGCUGUGGCACAAGAAAAGUUAACAAAUAAAAUGGCUGCAACAAGGAGAAUAGCUGAAGAGAAGAGAGCUAAUGCACAAGUAAAACUGAAUGACAAUGCUUUGAAGACUACUGAGAAAGUAGAGUAUAUAAGAAGGACAGGACAUGUGCCUUCUUCAUUCUCUUUCACUUUUAAGUUGCCUUCCAUUUGCUGGUAG